AUGGCUAUGGAGCUUAACUCUGUGAUGAAAGCAAUGUCACUAGAAGAUGAUGAACCGAUCAACCUCCCUGAUGAGCCCCGCUUUAGGGUAUUUGAAGAGAACAAAUGUAGUUUGCUUGGCAGGCUACUAAACCCGGAAUGCCAGGCCAUGUCACGCAUGAUAGAAAAGAUGCCAAAGCACUGGAGAGUGGUGGGCAGAGUGAGAGGAAUCGCUCUCUCUAGAGAGAAGUUCCAGUUUAUCUUCAAGCGUGAAGAGGAUCUCCAAACCGUGCUGAAUGAUCGCCCUUGGUCUUUCAAUCAUUGGACCAUGCUCUUGGAAAGAUGGACCGAGUCGCCACCAGAAGAUUUUCUCACUAAGUUUGAUGUCUGGGUGCGCAUUAGAAACAUCCUGUGUAACUUCUACACGCUUGAUACGAUGCACAUGUUGGCUGAGGCAGUUGGCUUCGUGAAGGAGGUAGCCUACGACCCUAAGGUGUCUCAGAAGGCGGAUUUUAUCAGGGCUCAAGUGAUUUUUGAUAUCUCUAAACCUGCAAGAGAUGAGAAAGUCCUCAACAUACCAGGCGGUAAAAGUGUCUACAUCACCUUUGAGUAUGAGAAGCUCAGAAAAAAGUGUUUUCAUUGUCUAAGACUGACUCAUGAGAGGGCCCGGUGCCCGAUGCUAAAGAAACAACACCAUGCUCCUAGGCUACCAGCGUCUGCUCCAAAACCUCUACUAAGUGAUACAUACAAAGGAAAAGGCAAAGAGGUCUCUACACAGGAAACACGUCUCUUGGAAGGGCCACCUGGCUUUCCUCCCUUGUUCCCUGAACUCUCGAAAGAAGAACAACAAAGUGCCAUGUUGUACAUCUCACAUGCUGACCCUACUGAGCGAAGAGCUAGAAUUGAGAGAGUCAAUCAAAGCAUCCAAGAGAAAAAGGAGAAAGAACGCAACUACCGUCCUGCCUUCACCACAGACUUGUUAAAAGGCGCCGGGAUGGUCUUCUGCUACGACAAAGAGGGAGAGCAACUUCAAUAUAUCUCCUCCACGGGAGCUGAGCAAGCUCCUAAGACAAGAUCCAUCCGUGGUCAACGUGAGAUUGAUGAGGUCAGAUCAGGACAGUCAUCAACACCCUCAUCAACACAUUCUCUGAAUGCUGGAAGUCCUACGGGAUUCUGUAUGGGGGUUCUAGUAAGCCUUCUGCUUCAAGGACUACGAGUACUCAGAAGAAACCAAGGAACAGACCUUUGGCUUGGAAGAGAAGGCUCCGUCUACUAA